AUGGGUAAUAAAAUGCUUUUAACAAAAAAGGAUAAAAAUGGAUUAAAGAAAGCAGUAUAUAUAUUAUUAAUAUUAAUACUUAUCUUCUAUGACCAAUGGUCAUUUCCUUUGGUUUAUUCUUUCUGUAUUAAUAAAAGAUCGUUUGUUUUAAAUUCAUUAGGAAAAAAUGAUAACGCACCGAAGUACAGAAUUCGAGAUAAUGGGAAGACCCUUUUAGAAAUUGGAAACAGCAUAAAGGAACAAAAUGUUUCAAAGGCUUUAGCUAAUUUGGAUGAACUUUUCAUAGCAGCUCCUGAUGAUAAAAAAUUAUCAAAAAAGAUGAGUACGAUUUGUGGAAAUGUGUUAAAUUUAUGUGGACGAUUUAAUGAUAUUAAUAAUAUGAUCAAGAUUAUAGAGAAGAUGAAAACUCAUAAUGUUGAAAUGCAAGAAAAUUCAUAUCUUGCCAUAUGUAAUUAUUAUAUAUCGAAUAAUUACAUAUAUGAAUAUAUUCUAACUAUAAAUAAAAUGAUUGAGAAGAAUAUCACUAUAAGGGAAAGGUUUUAUAAAUAUAUAUUAGUACAUAUAUUAGACUUAUCCUUUGAAAAAAAUUAUGCAAGUCAAAGAAUGGAUUACAAUUUGAAUGAUAAAUAUACAAAAGACAGUCUUAUAAGUGGUAGAGAAAUUAAUCAUACACAUAACAAUAUACACAUGGAUAUAAAUAAUAAUGAAAGAAAUAAUUUAAUAAAAAAUAUAGAUUACAAUAAUUUUGAUAAGUAUCAAAAUAUGUUAAAUAAAUAUGAUAUUACAUUGGAAGAAGAAGAUCAAAAAUAUAUAUUACACAAUUAUUUACUUAUAGAUAUUUUCAAACAUAUGAAUGAUAAUAAAAUAAAAAUUAAACUUAUAUAUUUAUUAAAACUUAUUUAUUAUGUAUAUGAAAAUAUACAAUAUAUUAUAAGAAAAAUUAGAACUCAAGAAAAUUUUAUGUCAAAUGAUAACGAAGAAAAUGAAUCUAUAAAUGAUACCCAUAAAAGGAAUCAUGAAAAAUUAAAAGAUAAAUAUGGAAGAAAUGGAACCAAUGGAAGCAUUUUUACAAAUCAUAAUAAUGAAGAACAAAUGGAUAAUAUGCAUAAACAAAAAAAUACAAAUAAAAAUAAAAAACUUUUUAUUUUAAAAGAUAUAUUAAUAGAACAAUUAAGACAAAUUUUAGAGUUAUACAAAAUGAAUUAUGAAUCCAUGAAUAUAAAUAUAAAAAAAUAUGAAGAAACAUUAGAUGAAGAAGAGAGAAGAAGUAUAUAUUAUAAUGUUAACAAAAUAACAAAGAGGUUACCAUUUAUUAAAUUAACUGAAAAUGUAAAGAAUACUUAUAACUGUAAAAAUUGUGAUGAAAAUAUUAAUACAUAUUUUCUGUCCUUAAAACAUAUAAUAAUUGUAAUUAUUAAUAUAAUAAUGAUAACUCAUCAAUUUAAUAAUAAAGAAAUUUUAAAAAUAAAACAUUUCUUUUCAAUUCUAAAUGGUCCAAUAGAUAAUGCCGAAGGGCAUAAGGAAAAAAAGGAUGAAACAGAAAAAAGUGGACGGAAUAAUCAAAAAAAUGAACAAAAUGAGCAAGAUGAAAAAAAUGAUAAUAAUAUAACGAAUCAAAAAAAUGAACAAAAUAAUUCAAAUUUACUACAUAAUCAAGAACAAACAAGUGUGAACGAAAAAAACCAUUCAUCCAAUAUGAACGAAAUGAAUAAAUUGUUUGAUAAAGGUAAUUAUACAUGUCUAUUAGAUGGAGCGAAUAUAGGAUAUAAUAAACAGAAUGUAGAAAAUGGAAGGUUUAGCUUUUUACAAAUAGAAAUAUUAAAAGAAAUUAUAAAAAAGAAAAAUAAUGAGAAACCUCUAAUUAUACUUCCAAAAAUUUAUCAUUAUAAAAAUUCUUUAAAAUAUCUACAUUCAAAAGAAGGCAAACAUAAUGAAUUCGAAUCAAAUGAUAAAAAUGAAAAUGAAGAAGAUUCAUGCAAAGAUACAAAUUUAAAAGGAAAAAAGAAUUCGCAUAUAUUUAUACCAAAUAAAACUAUAAAAAUAAAAAAGACGAGUCCAUUUUUUUCAGAGCCUAGACAUAUAACAAGAAGAGAAAAUGAUAUUUCAAAUUUUAAUAAUGGUCGUAUGUCUGAUAAUAUAAAUGAUACAAAUAAUUCAGAAAAGAAUGAAUCAUAUAACAAUUCAAAUGAUGCUUUAUCUUAUAUAAAAAGAAUAUUUAAUAGAUUAGAUAGUACAGAUGUUGAUAUAAUAAAGAAAUGGGAAAAAGAAAAAUGUUUAUAUAUAUGUAAUUAUAAUAUGUAUGAUGAUUAUUAUUAUAUAUUAGGAAGUCUAGCAAAAAGUAACAAUUUCUUUAAUAUAUAUUAUUAUAUAGAUGAAUUAUCUAAACAUUUUAAUAAAUAUGAAACGUUAAAUCAUAAUAUUAUCAUUGAUAAUUAUAAUAUUAUUGAUAAUAAUUUAGUUUAUAAUAACAGAGAGGUAUUAUAUGUACACAAUAAUAUAAUAUAUGAUAAAAAUAGUGAUAUUAUGGUUUUGGUUAGUGAAGAAAAUAUGAAUCGAGAGAAUAAAUAUAUAUCUAUGAAUGAACAAUAUUAUAAUGAUAAAAUAAAAAAAAAUAAUGCUAAUGUAAAAUUAUUUGAACAAUAUAAAAAUAGUAUAAAAUUUUUAGAUAAAGAUAUUAUUAAAUAUAAUAAUAAUAUUUUUAUGGAUACAUAUAUGUAUGAUAUUGAAAAUGCAGAACAUAAACUGAUAAAACCUAAUGAAGAUGAUAAAGAAAAGAUAAAUGAACAACAAAUCAAUGAUAAAAAUAAAGAUAUAUUAAAGAAAAAAAUAAAUACAUUACAAAAUAAUGAUAAUAUAUUAAAUAAAAAUAAGAAAUCUUUAAAGGAUAUAACUGAAUCUAUAGAUCAUCAAAAUAACAAUGACAAGGAAAAAAAAAAUAAUAAUAAUAAUAAUAUGAAUAAUAAUAAUAAUACAUUUCAUUAUAGUAAUAUAUAUAUCAAAUGUGUUACAGAUAUGAAUAGUGUUCAAAAGCCUAUUUAUAUUUAUACUAAUGAUAAAAUGAAAAAUCAUUAUUUCAAUGAAUAUACAAAUUACAUAUUAAAGAAAUGGAAGAAAAAAAGUUUCAUCUCUUUUUAUUUCAAACAACCUGUUAUUUUAUCAGAAUUAAAAGAACAAGCAGGAAAUAAUACUAUAGAUGUAGAUAAUAUAUUACAAAAUUAUAGGUUACCAUUUGUUAAUCUAGAAAACUUUAAAUUAUAUAUAGAUGAUAUUGUAUCAUAUAAACAGAAGAAUGUAUAUCACAUAAAAAUUAAUACACCUUAUAAAACAUUCAUGUCUUAUCAGAAGGAUCAUUUUCCUUACAUGUCUCAUAAUAAUAUUGUAAAAUAUUUAUGUAUAGAUUUUUCUAAAAUAUAA